AUGAUCCCUGCCAGUGCCUUGAUGGAGAGGCCGAUUCCCCUCCGUAAUCCCCUCCUGUUCUAUCUGGGUCACAUUCCAGCAUUUGAAGAUAUACACUUGACGCGGGCCACCGAUGGCAAUCCGACUGAGCCAGCUAUUUUUCAUGAUUUCUUCCAAAGAGGCAUAGAUCCCGAUGUGGAUGACCCGACCAAAUGUCAUGAUCACAGCCAACUGCCAGAGUCAUGGCCUACACUUGAGGAGAUCCUUGACUACCGGGAGAGAGUCAAUAAAAGAAUUACUGCGCUGUACAACGAUCCCGACACAAUGAGCAACCGAACCAUCAUGCGUGCACUCUGGAUCGGGUUCGAGCAUGAAGGACUCCAUCUCGAAACCUUCUUAUACUUGACCGUACAAAGCCCAUCUGUCUUGCCCCCACCUGGACCGACACCCGAUUUUGAGGCAAUGGCAAAGAAAGCCUUCUCUGAACGCGUGGAAAACCGAUGGUUCGGGAUUCCCAAUCAGACAUUUACAAUUGGCUUCGAUGACCCAGAGAGUGAUGAAGGGCCAAACCGAUUUUUUGCAUGGGACAACGAACGCGAGCCCUACUCGGUCACAGUGCCAGAAUUCGAAGCGCAGGCGCGCCCAGUGUGCAACGAGGAGUAUGCCAGAUAUCUGUUCACUACUGGCAAGAGAACGGUUCCCAUUACCUGGACUCAAAGCCCGAGUGUAUCGCGGACAGCAUCUGGGAACGCGACCGUCAACCAAGUAAUGACCAACAGAGGCGAUGAUGGUUUCGCACAAUUCAUCGACAGCCAGGCCAUCAAGACGGUAUAUGGUCCUGUGCCUUUGGCAUUGGCGCUUGACUGGCCUCUCAUGGCUUCAUACAAUGAGGUUGAAGGGUACGCCGAAUGGGUCAAAGCGCGUAUUCCUACUUUGCAUGAGGUGCGAAGCAUUCAUGAGUAUGUCGAGAAGCAGAAAGUGAAGCGCAAUCCCCCUUGCAACAACAGUAGCCCAAGACUGCAACCCGAUCCCGAGGAGAUCUUUGUAGAUUUGACUGGCUGUAAUGCUGGCUUGCAGCAUUUUCACCCCGUCGCCGUCACUCAAAAUGGCAAUCGGAUCUCUGGCUUGGGGGAUAUGGGUGGGGCAUGGGAGUGGACUAGCUCGGUGUUUGCCCCGCAGCCCAAUUUCAAGCCCAUGGACAUUUAUCCUGGCUACAGUGCGGACUUCAUGCACGGGAAGCACAAGGCCGUCGUGGGUGGAUCCUGGGCCACCCACCCGCGGAUUACAGGACGCAAGUGUUUCUUGAACUGGUGGCAAAUGAACUAUCUCUAUCCUUGGGUUGCUGUUCGUCUUGUGCGCGACACAGUAAAGGCUAGAUGA